GUGUUUCGAAGUCUAUUGCAUUUUUGUUGGUUCUUUUACCGUAUUCGAAGUAUAAAUACAAAUAGGGGUAAACAGAAACUGAAAAAAAAAACAUUGUAACAUGUCUUCGUCGAAUGGCACUUGCAUAGCGCACACCUGUCGCGUCUGCUAUGUGCCCGCAAUGAAGAGCUACCAACUGUUCAAGCCAAGCCUGGUGUGCGGCCAACUCACAACGCUGGCUCAGGUGCUCAGCUACUGCGUGGAAAUCGACGUGCUCGAAGCGGAGAACUUUCUGCCCGCUCACAUAUGCAGCGGCUGUGCCGAGAACCUAGAGAAGGUCAUGGACUUCAAGGAGAAGGCACGCGGCAUCGAUAAGAUCCUCAGAGAGCGUCAUCAAAGGAGGAGCACCGCCAGCGUCAAUCUGCGCUGGAACAGUGAGGCGAUGGUGCUUGAGCCGGAUCCAGACGAGGGCAACUUGCUCUCUGUGUGCGAUAUAAUUGAGGAGGUGCCCGAGGAUGAUAUGCACAUGGCAGGCCACAUUCCAGAGGAGCAAUAUCAGAUAAGCCAAGUGCAGCAGCAGCAGCAGCAGCAACAGCAGCAAAAACUGGAGGAGCGGCAGCUGUUGCCUUGGCAGCAGAUAGCGGCGGAGAGGGAAACGGACGAGGAGGAGGACGAAGAGGAGGAUGAAGAAGAGGAGCAGCAGCAGCAGGAUGAGGAGGAAAGUGAGGAAACCAGCGAGGAAGAGCAGCAGCCGCAGAAGCAGAAGAAGAAGGAGAAGCAGCAGAAGAAGCAGCAGACACCAGCUGCCAAAACUCGGAAACGAACCAGCAGAUCAAAGCCCAACUCCGCGCAGUUACAGUGUCCGAUCUGCAAUAAGCAGCUGAGCACAACGACAUCGUUCAAGUAUCACAUGCAGCUGCAUGGCGACAUCAAGCCAUUUGCCUGCCACAUCUGCGGUGAAUCGUUCAAGACACGCAACGCCUUUGAUGGACACAAGACAACGCACGAUCCAAACAAUCCCAACACAUGCCACAUAUGCGGCAAGAUCUACAGACAAGCCUCAUCGCUGCGCACCCACAUGCUGGCGCACAAGGGCCUCAAGCCGUACCAGUGUCCGCAGUGUGGCAAGCGUCUCACCCAAAAGUCUGGCUACAAGAAGCACAUGCUGACGCACACCGGCGAGAAGCCGCACACCUGCGACAUUUGCCAGCGUUCAUUUCGAUUUUCGAGCAAUUUGAUUGCGCACAAACGCUGCCACAGCCAGGAGAAACCGUACGAGUGUCUGGUGUGUCACAAGCGCAGCUUUGCCAACAACUCCGAUCUGACGCGACACAUGCUCGUCCACUCCGAUGAGCGUCCCUUCAAGUGUCUCGAUUGUGGCAAAACUUUCAAGCGUCAAAUCUCCCUCAAUGUUCACAUGAAAUCAAAGAAAACAGCCGCCAUGGAAUCGUCACCAGAGUACGAUGAGGAGAAUUAGCAGGAGGAGCAACAGAAAUGUUUUUUAUAAAUGGGAAAAUGUAAAGCAAAGCUUCAGUUUGGGUUCCUGACUAAAAGAGCUUCAACUUUGCAAUAUUCGCCAUUUUAAAUGUGAAUAACGUAGCUUUAGGAUCUCCGCUGAUCAAUUACAAAUAUCCACCUUUAUUUAGCUGUACAAAAAUCAUAAUUUUAGUGGCUCUCUCUUGCUCUCUUUUCGAGUGAAGUCUCUCCUCUGUGUUAUUUGCUUUUAAAUUAAG